AAAUGAAAAAAGUUGGAAUUAUUGGAGUUUUAAUGUUACCACAGAUAAAACUCUCAUCCGGAUGUCAGCCUCGAUUAAAUUUUGAGAAAGAGAAAGAAAAAUGUAUGAAAGAUCUGUUUUUUAAUGCAGACAGAAUAACAGACUGUAUGGGAAUGUGGGAUACCUUGAACUGCUGGCCCUCUGCUGCUGUUGGAGAAAGCGUUUCCCAGCCAUGUCCAGAGUUUUUCAGUUCAGAAGGUAAAGUUCAUCGUAACUGCACUGCUGAAGGUUGGACGGACCUGCUUGUUCCUUAUGAAGAUGCUUGUGGAGAUACUUUCAAUGAAACUCUCCGCUUUAUUGAAGACGGUGGUGGUUAUCUCAAUAUUCUUUCAUCACAUUCCCAUUUGUACUUCUCCUACGUGAAGACCAUGUACACAGUAGGAUAUGCAGUCUCUCUGAUCUCGCUCACCAUCGCCAUCACCAUUCUUUGCGUGUUUCGAAAGCUGCACUGCACAAGAAAUUAUAUUCACAUCCAGCUGUUUGUGUCCUUCAUCCUGAAGGCCAUCUUCAUAUUCAUCAGAGACUCUCUGCUUUUUGCCAAUGAGGAGUUCUACCACUGUGAAUACUACACGGUGGCGUGUAAGGUUGUGCUGGUGUUUUCCAACUACUCCAUCUUGGCCAACUACAGCUGGCUGCUGGUGGAGGGCCACUUCCUGUUCACUCUGGUGAGCCGCUCCUUCUUCUCGCUGAGGAAACACCUGGCCUGGUACAUCAUCCUCACCUGGGGAUUACCACUUAUUGUCAUUAUCUUCUGGGGAUGUGUGAAGUAUUUUUAUGAGGAUGAAGGCUGCUGGGAAACCAGGAAACAUGAAUGGAUUUGGUGGAUACUUCGAGUACCAGUCCUGUUGACCAUAGCUAUGAAUCUCUUGUUUUUCCUGGGCAUUUUGAGGGUACUGGUGAGCAAACUCAGAAUGCCAGAUGCACAGAGGAAUGAAUUCAGCCAAUAUAAGAGGUUGAUCAAAUCCACCUUUUUUCUGGUGGCUCUUUUUGGUCUGCAGUACAUCUUGUUUGCUUUCUUCCCUGUUGAAGUCAGCAGCUUGAUGUUUAAGAUAUGGAACCUCACAGAGCUGGCGCUGUCGUCAACACAGGGCUUUGUGGUUGCUGUUCUCUACUGUUUCCUGAACGGAGAGGUACAGAAUGAGAUCCAGAGGCGGUGGAGGAGGUGGAGACUGAUGCGGCACCUCCCUGGUCAGACCAGGCAGCACCAUGGCUCCAUCAGCCACAGUGGAUCUCCUCCCACUCAGGUCUCCCUGCUACCAUGCUUGCCACUCAGCCCAGCCACAGCCGGGCUCCCUGUAGACACCGUGGAGGUGUGACGGCUGUAUUCUCCUGACUGACUCAUGAAUGGAGACUGAUCAGUGCCAAUGGACAGUUGCACCUACACGACCUGUGUUUUAAAGGGGAAAAAAUGACAGGCCGUGACUUUAGUCCAUCUGACCAGCUGUGCGUACUUUGGCAGACGUUAUGUAGCAUCUCAGGAACUGUUGUAAUUUUGGCAUUACUGUAUUCACAAGAUACACUCAACAAAAAUAUAAAUGCAACACUUUUGGUUUUGCUCCCAUUUUGUAUGAGAUGAACUCAAAGAUCUAAAACUUUUUCCACAUACACAAUAUCACCAUU